UAAUGAAGGCGUGAAGAGAAGAUGGCGGCCUCUACAUUUGAGAUUUCUGUCGUGAAAGAGAGUUGUUCACAGCUUGGAGAAGGCCCCCAUUGGGACGAGACGACACAACGGCUCAUAUGGGUGGAUAUUCUGGGGCAUAGCGUUCAUCUACUUGAUACUGUAACGGGAAAGGAUGUAAAAUAUCAUUUUGAUGGACCAGUUGGAGCAGCUGUGCCAAGGAAAAGAGGUGGUUCUUUGUUGGUGGCAGUCAAUAGAGAUUUUAUAUUCCUUGAUCUUGAGACAGGACAAAAGGAAGUGGUAGCUUCAGUUGAUAAGGACAAGCCAGAAAAUCGUUUCAAUGAUGGAAAAUGUGAUCCAGCUGGGCGAUUUUGGGCAGGUACCAUGGGUCCAGAAGAAAGGCCAGUGUGUGUAAAACCACAUCAAGGAUCCCUGUUCUCUUUAGAUUGCAAUAUGGCUGUACGAAGUUUGGUUGACAAGCUCUCAAUAUCCAAUGGUAUUGCUUGGACUCCAGACAAAAAGACGCUUUAUCACGUUGACAGCUUUGAAAACAAAAUCGACGCUUUUGAUUAUGACGAAUUGAGCGGCACGAUAUUUAAUAGGAGAAAUGUUAUAGUAGUGGACCAUUCCCUUGGGGCUCCAGAUGGAAUGACCAUUGAUGAAGAUGGAAUGUUAUGGGUUGCUAUGUACAACGGAUGGAAGGUGGCAAAGUUUAAUCCUUGUAGUGGAGAAUACUUGACCCACGUAGAUCUUCCAAUAGCUAAAGUUACCUCUUGCUGCUGGGCCGGCACCAAUUAUGAUGAACUGUUAGUCACUAGUGAAAGUGCUCGCUUGACGCCAGAAGAAAAACAACAACAGCCCUUGGCAGGUUCGAUUUUCCGAGUGAAAAAUUUAGGUACCACAGGCUCACCAGCAGUUGCUUUCCAUGGUUGAAUACAUGAAAGCUGUUUUACACAUGAAAAGGAGUAUAAAUGGGGUUUUCAUAAAUUUUUUAAACCUUUCGAAAGGGAUGAAGGUGUUUUAAGAAAUUUUUUUUUUAUUACAACUGAGUCUGUUAGUUACCAAAAAAAAUUUGUUCACGAGUCCACGAAGUGUAUUUAAAAGAAUAGAAGAAACAUUCUAGGGCUAGUAUUAUUAAAAUUGGUCUUUUUAAGAAGUUUGUUUUGUCAGAUAUUUUUCAGCCAUCGAAAUUCGGUGGGGCUUGCAAACUGGCAACGGCGAGGAAAUUUAUAAUAGAGUCAAU